UCUUCUGAGCUAGCAUUUCUUACUCAAGUCACUCCCCAAGUUCCCUGUACCCCUGAAAAUAAUAAACUGAAUAAGAAAUUAAAGUUUAAAAAAACUUUCCGGCGCAGGAAAUCAUCUCCGGCGAUCAAUCCGAAAAGUCUUAGUGGACCUAGUUUUUCUUUAAACAAGAUAAAAUUCCUUCAUUGAUCACUGUUUGAAGGUGUGUUUGUGCAUGUUUAUGUAGAUGGAUUUUUGAAUUAUAGUUAAUGUUUAUGUCUUUACAACCAGGUGUCGUUUCUCUCCUUGAAGCAUAAACUGCAUGUUGUUUAAAUUGAGAUUUUGGUGGCAGCGGAUGAUUAGACAAAACGGUAUAGUAUAAGGAUUAAGAUUGUGCGGGUUUUGAAGCAGUUGAGUAGUUGAGUUGCAGCAGCGGAGAUGUCUUUCCAGCACAAAGGCCUUUGGAUGCCAAGAGAUGCUGGGUGUCUAACUGAUGCAGAGAUGGGCUUUGAUAAUUCCGCUAGAACUGAAGCUAAGCGUGGUCAUCAGUGGUACAUGGAUGCUACCACACCAGAGCUAUUCAGUAACAAGAAGCAAGCAGUAGAUGCUGUUAACAGCAGAACAAUUUUGGAGAUUCCACAUAUGUAUGUUUCUCCAUGGCAUAACACUUCUAGUUUUCAGUCAGUCACGGGGAAAUUCCCUGAACGCCUAUUUGGAUCGGAGCCUGUACAGACUGUCAAUCUGGUUGAUAUGAAUAUUCCUUCUGUUAAUGGUGGAAGUUCAAAUAUGGGAAGAAAGGAUUUUCAGGAUCACUAUAAUAAUUCAUCAAGGGGUUUGUCUAUGUCUCAUUUUGUUGAAGACCCUUCAGGUUUCAGUGUUGGUGGAAUCAGAAAGGUUAGAGUCAAUCAAGUUAGGGACUAUGGCAAUGGCUCAUCAGCACCCAUUGGGCACUCCUAUAGUAGGGGAGAUGAUUGCAGAAUUUCAAUGGGUUCUACCUAUCAUAAGAUUGAUAGCAGCACUAUAUCAUUGGGUCCAAUUAACAAUAAUUCAGAUGAGAAUACCAUAUCAAUGGGCCACACCCUUAAUAAGGUCGACACCAUUUUUGACAGCUUGAACAAGGGAGAUGAGAAUUUCAUAUCAAUGGGUUACAAUUAUCCCAAGAGAAAUGAGAGUAUGUUAUCAACAGGUCAGACCUUUGACAAAGGGGACAGCAAUUUUUUAUCCAGCAGUCAGCCUUCUGAAAAGGGAGGUAGCCAUGUCAUAUCAAUGGAUUCCUCCUAUAACAAAGAGCAUGGGAAUUUUAUUUCAAUGGGCCACAACCAUGAUAACACAAAUGAGAAUUUCAUUUCAAUAAAUUCUUCCUACAGUGAGGGAACUGAUAAUAUCAUGGCAAUUGCUACAACGUAUGACAAGCCAGAUUCCAACAUCACAUCUGUGGAUUCCACUCAAAACAAAGGGGAUUCUGGAGUUCUGUCCAUGGACCACAACUACAAUAAGGGUGAGACACAUCCGUUAUGUUUCAGAGUUUUUCAAGAUGAAACUGAGGCAAAUCCCUCUGGGAAUAUCAUUAGCGGCUAUGAUUUGUUGAUGAGUACUCAGAGCUCAGCUCCAGCUUCAGAAGAACUGGGCCAGAAUGAUUUGGUUGAGUCAAAUGUGAAUUCCGUUGGCAAUAGCUCUUCCAAUUCAAAUACUAAAACUGAUAUACUACCUAAAAAUAAAGAGCCGAAGACUGCUAAGAAGGUACCUGUGAACAGCUUCCCCUCAAAUGUCAAAAGUUUGCUAUCAACUGGUAUGUUUGAUGGUGUUCCUGUCAAGUAUGUCUCCUGGACAAGAGAGAAAAGUCUUAAAGGAACUAUUAAAGGAACUGGGUAUUUAUGCGGCUGCAAAGACUGCAACUUCAGCAAGGCUGUGAAUGCUUAUGAGUUUGAGCGUCACACUAAUUGCAAGUCCAAACACCCCAACAAUCACAUAUACUUUGAGAAUGGAAAGACCAUAUAUGCAGUUGUGCAAGAGCUGAAGAGUACUCCUCAGGAGAAGCUAUUUGAAGUAAUUCAAACUGUGACUGGUUCAAUAAUUAAUCAGAAAAAUUUCCUCAUCUGGAAAGCCUCAUAUCAAGCUGCCACCCGUGAACUUCAGCGUAUCUAUGGGAAGGAUGACAUUGCCAUCUCCUCUUGAGGUGAGACUCUGGUAUCUGUGGUUGAAUUGGGUUAAGCUGUGUAAUUUGUUUUUGUUGGUAGCUGUAUCCGUGAACUUCAGCUUUUCGGUGAAUGGGUAUCCGGACUUUUUUAUUUUUAAUCAAUUUAGACUCUUUUAGCGUGUUCUUGGUUCAGGACAGUUGUAUCUUCUGUUAAAAGUAACCUCUUUGUAUUAUGAAUGUGUAUGUUUGAAGCACCAGAGGUGCCUUCUCUGUG